AUGGAUGAUUUAGCUCUCCUUGACCUGUUGGAGUGUCCUGUGUGCUUUGAAAAGCUCGACGCCACAGCGAAGGUGCUACCUUGCCAGCACACUUUCUGCAAGCCCUGUCUGCAGAGGAUCCUGAAAUCCCAGAAGGAGCUCAGGUGCCCCGAGUGCAGGACCCUCGUCCUCUGCAGCAUCGAGCAGCUGCCCUCCAACCUGCUCCUCAUUCGCCUCCUGGAUGGAGUCAGGUGUGGACCAAACAUUACCAGGUUUGGCUCGAUCCAGAGGUCAGGGGUCCUGUCCUCCCCUGCCUCCAUCAGGAGAGUCCCCAGGGGGUUGCAACUUCAUCAGCACCGGCUGGCGACAAAUCCCAGGAUCCACAUGGAAGGGGUCCCACGAGCCAAGGCCCUGUACACCUACCGAGGGCACAACCCCGGGGAGCUGAGGUUCAAUAAGGGGGACAUCAUCGUGCUGCUCCGACAGCUGGAUGAGAACUGGUAUUUGGGGGAGGUCAACGGGAUCAGCGGCGUUUUCCCAGCCAGCUCCGUGCAAGUCAUCAAGCACCUGCCCCUGGCACCACCCCUCGGCAGAGCACUCUACAGCUUUGACCUGAGGAGCAGGGAUAAGACCGAAAACAAGGACUGCCUGACGUUUCAUAAGCGGCCGGUUGUUACCGUACGAAAUGACAAAGAUUGGAGCAAGGGCAAGUUAGGCGACAAAGCAGGGACCUUCCCCACCUUGUGUGUGGAGGGGGGGACAGCCCGUUCUCCGCCAUGCCCACCCAACGCCACGCCGGGCAGCGGCGCGUGCCAGCGCCGGGGGGCAGAGGCCUCCUCCCGGCCCGGCAUGGCUCACCGCUGCCUCUCAGCCCUGCAGACACCAAACACCACUGCAAGGCAACUCCUGCAGACCAGCAAAAGCCACUGGUCCCCGCAGUUUAAGUGUGCGUCCCUACGAACGGCGUCUCCCAAAGCAAAGGGCGCGGAUUCGCCGGCUUUCCCCAAGGUGCCCGACUCCAGGCGGAAGAGCCUGCGGCAGUUCUCCAUCACCACCGCCCUGAACACCCUCAACCGGAUGGUCCACGCGCCCGCCGAGCGGCAGGCGCUGGAGAUCAGCUCCCCUGUGCUCAUCAGCUCCAGCAACCCCACCGUAGCCACCCAGAGCAGCGAGAAAGCGGAGUUUCCCUACGGCACCCCUCUCCAGGUCAGUGCAUCUUACUAUCCCGCGUCAGGAUCAUUGGGGCACUCAGCAGCCAUUGUCACUCUUCCCCAUCUGCAGCACCACAUAUCAGCUUACAUGUGCGUGGCUCUCCAUUCCUACAUGGCUCACGGACCAGACGAGCUGGAGCUGCAGAAGGGAGAAGGGGUCCGCGUCUUUGGGAAAGACCACAACGGCUGGCUGCGGGGCAUGUCCCUCGUCACGGGGAGAGUGGGGAUCUUCCCCAGCAACUACGUCGCUCCCCUCUUCAGGAAAUCUAGUCUCUCUGACUCGAAGAUGCCUUCCCUGUACACCUCAUGGACGCUGUCGACCUCCUCACUCUCCUCUCAAGGAAGCAUCUCAGAAAACAGCCCGAGACAAAGCAGACCUUUGAAACCGGCACUGCUGCCCGUGCCUGUCACCUCAGCCGUGAGGACCACGGCCGCGGCGGCCCCGGGACAGGCAUCGUUGCGGCGCGGACGCGGCAGCACAAGGAAGAAUGGAUCCCUGCAGAGGCCGGGGCAGGCGGGGACCCCCGUGCAGGUUGCCGGCUCCCUCAGGCGUCCUCCCACGGCUGCAGCACGACCUCAGCAGUUUCAGCUUUAUCAGAACAUCAGCCCCCAGCCGCACAGCAUCCCUCCUGGAGCUGGCACGGCCGAGGCAGGAACAAGGCCAAACUUCUCCCACGAUGCUUCACCGGCGCUUGUGGUCAGAGGAGGGGAAAGCAGAACUCCCUCUGUGUGCAGCUCGGUGAUCCUGGAUGCCAAAGACCCUCCAGCAAAGAGCGAGGCAGCUCCAAAGCCACCUGCAUCAGCCCCGCCAUCCAUUCUGGUGAAACCAGACACCUCCCGCAACAGCACCGAAAAGCAAGUGAAGACAGUGAGGUUCCAGAACCACAGCCCCCCGCCCCCCAAGCGGCACAGCCUGCAGCCCUCCCCGAGCCUGCCACGCAGCAAGACGGAGCCGGCGGCUGCGGUGGAGGCUCUCCUGCCAGAAGCCAGCCUGCCGGGCCCCGAGCUGGCGGUGCUCUACUCGCCCAGGACCAGCUCCAGCCCCCUGCACCAGCGACGGGCGCUGCACCCGAAGGCGCUGUCGCUGGACCUCUCCAGGCAGCUGACCUUCCCUGUCAAGAAGAACUACAGCAGCAUUUCUGCAAACUGA